AAGGAUCAGGGAUGUUCAGUCCAAGUUCAACGACAACAUGUCGAUAAACACGUACAAGACAACAUGGCACAACACAUGAUGUUACUGGCCAAACAAUGUUCAUUGCUCACUAUAGUAAACCAAGUUCUAAAUAAUGAGCUAAAGAAAACGAAGAGAAAAAUAAAUGAUCUUGAAAUCRAAGUAAUAAGCAGAAGUCGCUAUGUGUGGACAAUACUGGACUUUCCCACUCAAGCCAAAAAAUACACUCAAGGCACUUGGAUGAGGAGUCCAACCUUCUGGUUGUGUGGCAGCUGCUGGUUUCUGAAGUUGUACCCUAAUGGCCGUGACAAAAMGUCCAAAGAAUAUGUCUCAUUAUGCCUUGUUUUGAGUGACGAGGAUAUACUUGUACGAACUGGAAAACCUUUUAUUGUAGCAACAAACGAAGUGACUGUGGCAUAUGCAAGAAUAACUGUAAAAAGCCAGUCUCAAGCAACAUCCAUAACACAUGACGUAACAUUAAACCCAAAGUUUGAAUCUACUGGCGUAGUCAGAGAAGUUGCUGUGAUCAGCGAACUGAUGAAAGCAAAUGAAGCACGUUCUCCAGAUUUUUGCAGCGUAAAAGAUGGUUGUUUUACUGUUACAUGCAUUCUCUUUUAAAGGUCAACUGGUUCAGAGACGUGCAGUAAAAUAAUCUAAAAUCACUGAAGCAAAACCCUUCCUUUCGAUUCCACCCAUUAUUACUAUCAUUUUUUUUUUACUAAACUGAAAAACGACAUCUUAAAAGUAUAAAUUUGUUAGAAAUUUCUAAUCCAAUCAAAUCAAAUGCAAUGCGAUGCAAUCCAAUCCAAUCCAAUCCAAU